GAAACGAGGAUAAGAGGGCGAGAAGGCACAGGAAUGGAAAGAAGGAACGAACUUAGUUGACAAGAUGGCUCCGUAUGGCGAGGAAGUUGAACGCUAUGGGAAUAGAAUGCCCGUGCGGAAACAUAGGCGCGACAAAAGUGAAAUUAGCUGUUGCCUCAAGUAUCUCAUCUUCGGCUUCAAUGUGAUUUUUUGGCUAAUGGGCUUAAGCAUCAUGGUUGUUGGUGUUUGGGCCUGGACUGAGAAGGACAUCUUCAACAACCUGAGUCGACUUACUAACAUUGCACUGGACCCUGCCUUUGUGCUGAUUGUCAUUGGAGGCAUCACCUUUAUUAUUGGUUUCACCGGCUGCGUCGGUGCCCUGAGAGAAAAUACCUGCCUGCUCGCUGCUUACGCUAUAUUUUUAGCGAUCUUGUUGCUGUUGGAGAUGACGGCAGGCAUUUUGGGAUUCAUCUUCAAAGAUUGGAUCAAAUCUCAGGCAACCAACGGCUUCCAGGCUUUCAUUGUGUUCUACAGAGAUGACCCUGACCGUCAAAACUUGAUUGACUGGAUUCAGGAACAGUGGCUUGGCUGCUGUGGCAUUGAGGGCCCCAAAGACUGGGACAUGAAUAUCUACUUCAACUGCUCAAGUGUGGAAGUGGGCAGUCGCGAGGCCUGUGGCGUUCCAUUUUCCUGCUGCAAGAGACAACCAAAUGAGCUCAUAAAGAACAAACAAUGUGGCUAUGAUGUACGCAAGGCCGAGUAUCAGCGGGACAAGUCGCACGUGAUCUAUGAGAAAGGUUGCCUGCGAGCUGGGGAGGAGUGGAUCGAAGCUAACCUGGUGCCAGUGGCAGGGGUGGCCGUGGGAUUGGCUGUGCUGCAGGACAAGUCCCAGCGUUCGCGGCUCAUUUAUGAGCGAGGCUGCCUGCAGGUUGGGGAGGAGUGGUUAGAGGUGAACCUGGUUCCCUUGUCGGGAGCACUCUUAGUUGUUGCCUUUGCUCAGAUUCUCGGCAUAUGUUUUGCCCAAAAUUUACGGGCAGACAUCUUCGCCCAGAAGGCGAAGUGGCACUGACAUCCGCUGCACACCUGGGCCAAGAUAGCCAGCCGAAGGUUUCAGGGCCCAGAGUGGCGCCACUGACUGGCCCCACACUUGCAGCUGCUGCCACCAGCGCUGACAGCAUCUUGAGCAGCCAGCAUGAGCAGCAACAGCACAGACGCAACCACCAGGUGGCUCUCAUCACCCUCUUCUGAGCAUGUUACCUUCCUGGAAGCUAGUGGCAACAAAGCGUGUUGUUGGCCUAUGCUAUCUUAACUUGCAACUGACCAGUAUUCAACGUACUGUCAUCAACAUGAUUGAAAAACUGGCAUCAUGGGACUGGGUGGUGGGUAAGGUUAAUUAAUGUCAGGCUCAAGGCAGUAAGGACAUCUUGAGGCUUGGACCUUUGAGCACAAGAAGUUUGACAAGCGCUUGUUGCAUUGUGCAACUUUGUGUAUUUUUCCAUGUUUGGUAGACUGUUGUAUAGAGUGUAAAUUUUGUAUCUUGCGGUUUGCUAGUGGUUGGGACUGAAAGAAUGCUACCCUCCUACUGCUUGUUGUUUGGUGCAAGAACUGAUGCUAUGGGAAAUAGCACGAGAUGCACCAUUUUAUCACACAGUAGCUGUCACAAUGCGUUUUUUACAACUAUUCCAAAAGGUGGAAAGUCUGGCGGAUACAUUUCCUUCCGUAUUUGCUGCAACAGAAACUAUCUGUUGUUAAAGUUUCUGAAUUUUGUGAGGCAACAGUGUGAAAAACUUACUUUAAUGGAGAUGAUUUCAUGUGCACAGUCAUGGAGGUAAUUUUAUGCUUAAUAUCCUAAUGGGAAUAGGCAAACAAACUUUCCUAGUCUACUUCUUAAGGACCUUUGACAUGAGAUGGUACCUUCUCCUGGCAUAUCAAUUUUGUGCAGAUGCACUGGCUAUCUAUAAUUUCUUCAUACAUUCCAGCACUUCCACAAUGCUUUGAGGGACACAUCAGGCUUUCUUGAAAUUAGUGAUUGGUGUAUUGCAAGCUAUGGCCUAAUUUACUUUCUCUGCUUUACGCUGAUAAAGGUUAUUACAUUAUUGGAAAUUGCUAAAUUUACCAGGCCUAGAGGAUAUAUUUAGUGAGCAAUGGACACUGCACAGAAAACAGCCAUGAGGUUUACAGUGACAGUGAAAUUAGUAUCUGGUUUCAAUCCAUGUCCAUGCAAGUGUUGCUAUUUCCAUAGACUCUUCAUAGUUUGUGUUACACGUUAGUGGUGCACUGUCGAUUUGUAAUUUUGUGGCUUUCAGCUGCUUCAUGAAAACAUUGGAUAGCUAGGCUGAGGCUUAAACCUCCUUAAAUUUUGAACAUAUUAACAUUACCAUGUCUUAUAAUCAUUUUUUUUGGAGGGGGGGGGGGGGGGGGGGAAGGUAUGACCAUACACUCCAGAUGUGUUAACACAAGGCAGCACUUCUUAAACUGGUGGCUGUUCUGACUACACUGGCAUGGUAUCCUUUUUUGCUGUUGACAUUGAGCACUGGUUACACAGUAUGGUGCAGGACUGUUGUACUUCAGACAUUUUGAAUUUCUGAAUAGUGAUACAAGAGGAAAUGUAUGUAUAUCUUGCAUUUUAAACAUGGUGAAAGUCUUUAGUUCAAGACACCUUAGGCUUUUGCCUGGGCUUUCUUUCAAAUACUCAUGGGUGUUUCAGCCAACUGCUGAUAUGAUGCUGGUUUACACGUUGUGGAUUCUUGUAGUGUAACUGUCAGCUUGUUUCAUGGUGUGAUGGUGGAACCUGUGCUGCAACAGGUGUGGGUUCUGCCUCUAAGGUAUUUGCACUCAGCUGGGGCUUUUAUGGUGGCUGACUGUUGUGUUCAUAUUUUUCAUGUGAAGAAAUGUGCACUAGUAUUUUACAUGUGGUAAAGAGAUAGCAAUUUUUUAUGCUGCGCUAUUGUGGCCAGAUACUGCUACUACCCAAUUGUAAUCGGACAUAAUUUUUCACCUGGUAUCAUUUUGUAAGGAAACUACAACUGACCCUGCAAUAAUAUGAAUGGAAGGAAAAUCUUGAUGUACAUGUCUUCCAUUAUGUCCAUUCGAACAAAUGUGUUGCCUCAACACCCAGGAUUUUUUAUUAGUGGACUCUUAAAAAUGUUUUUCAUUAGAGUAGCUUUAUCUGUGGCAGGCUGUCUUUACUACCUGAACACAUUAAGGUCACCAUUAUGGGUCUUUUGACUAGCAGCUUAUAUGCAAAAGUUCUGUCAUGUGUACUAGUUUCAGGUGUGUUCAUUUUGUGUCAGCAAGACAUUAAUUCAUGUUCUGUUUUUCAUAGCAGCAACUUCAUAAGUGUGCUUUAGACUAGGAGUUGCCCCCUCGGAUCUAUAUUUUUCCGAGCAGCUGUCCCUAUGACAGACAGAAUAUACUUCUGCAAGCAAAAGCUAGCGUGCACUAUUGCACUACCGUUUUGCACAUUCACUUAUGUUGCCAGCAUCACCCAGCUGUAGCUUUGUCUGUUUAGUUGUGCCCACCUGUGGUCUCAGUCUGCUUAAGUUAUCCUGCUGCAUGUUGUCAUUGCCCAUUAUUGUAGCAGGUUCAGCAUUAGUGGGGUAGCUGUGGUUUUUGCUCAAAAGCGACUGUUUAGCUUUCCAGUUUGUGUAAGGGUCCAUUUGGUGCAAAGUCUGUGGUGCACAACCAGACGUGUCAUUUCUUCCUGCAAGGCAAUGCAUCACCAAAGCUUUUCCCCUUGCAUUGUCGUCUGAAUUCCUUGCUAGGAAGUUUUCUGCCACUGCUGAUUGUGUUAGAAACAGCUUUGCUGAAGGCUUUUCUUUUUUAUUAUUAAACUUCAAAUAAGGGUUUGCAUCAUGUUGUAUGUUUAUAUUCAGAGUUUAAACAUGAUCCUUGUGCAGAACAAGCUAACUUAGAGCAUUUUAAUCACUGCCGACUUAAGCUCUCAAUAUUAGGUUGUAAGGAAGAGUAUGUAUGAUAUACAUAUAGGUGUAGAUGCGAGCUAGCUUUGUGACCUUUAUUGUAACAUCAAGAGAACUUGAUGUAUACUCCAGCAUGUCAGUCUUUAAUGUACAGUUUUGCGAGUUCUUUGUGACACUUCCAUGUGACAGUUUGGUUCAUGUAGCCUCUAUUUAGCUGCGCACCUGCAUCAGGCCUUUAGUGACUAUAUGGCAGUGUUGGCAAAAAGCUGCUAAUAGCAGUGACUCUCAUUUUUGCAGGCCGUGUAUACACUGUUGUUCAGCAUAGAUUUCGUGCUGCAGUUGGAGUCUGUAUGAAGUGUAGCUACAGCAGUGUGGAUUUUUCUGCCACUUGCCCUUUUUCAAGUCGCAUGAGGCUACAGUAGCAAUUAUGUGUUUUACAUUAAAUACAUAUAUAUAUAUAUAUAUAUAUAUAUAUAUAUAUAUAUAUAUAUAUAUACAGCUCUUAGCAUCAAAUUGCUCCUAAGGAAAAUGAUGGGGGGGAGGUUGAUCUGAUGAAGUUGAUCUACCUGAAUUUUAGUAACUCUUGUGCCCUCCCCCCCUUUUUUUUUUUUUUUUUUUUUUUGUGAUUGCUUGUGUGAAUUGUGCAGACUUUGUCCUGCACAUGCAACUGUGCUCAGUGUACAUAAAACACAAUGUGUACUCAUCUUGUUUGUAUGCCUGCUCUAUUUAUUUGUGAAUAGAGUUCUAUAUGAGAAGUUGACAAAGGAUGUUUGCCAUCUGCACUGUCACUAGUCGUGUAGAAUCGUAUAUUACCCACAAAUGCGACUUACAAUUGUGAAAAAAUAAACAGUGACCUUUGAAGUUUGAAA